ACUACUUGUCACGUUUGCUUCCUAUCGACGUAUCGGUAAUUUCGCUGAAAAAUAUUAAGUUGUUUUUAAAUUAAUGCUUGUACUUAUAUAAUAAACACAUAUGAUCAUCUAAAGUGCAGUGCAGUGAGCAUGUCUGACUCGGAGGGCAGUAUAUUUUCGGGUAGCGGUUCAGACGCUGGCAGUGUUGCUUCCAACCGUUCAAGACGAAGUGCUGCGUCGAACCGUUCGGUUCGGUCGGGCUCCCGCUCUCGAUCACGGUCACAGUCUGGUAGCCGAGCCAGUCGCAGUCGAAGCCCUUCUAAAUCACCUUCUAGGUCGCGAUCUCGAUCCAGAUCGAAGUCGCGGUCUCGUUCGCGCUCCAGAAGUCACUCUGUUGCGUCUGAUGCCAGUCGUAAUAAUGCGAAGGAUGACGAAGCCAAAGAAGCAUCUGGAGAUGAGGAAGUCGAGGAUGAACAAGAGCCAGAGGGUGAUGACUUAGUGGACUCGGAGGAGUAUGACGAAGAUGAAGAGGAGGAACGCAGAAGGAAGAAGCGAAAGAAGGACAGCCGCUAUGGAGGUUUCAUUAUUGACGAAGCUGAGGUUGACGAUGAAGUUGAUGAGGAUGACGAAUGGGAGGAAGGCGCCCAGGAAAUGGGCAUCGUGGGCAAUGAGGUCGAUGAAAUCGGUCCCACUGCGCGAGAAAUCGAGGGCCGACGGAGAGGAACUAAUCUCUGGGACUCGCAGAAAGAAGAAGAGAUUGAAGAGUACCUCCGAAAUAAGUAUGCGGAUGAAUCCGCUGCGCUUAGACACUUUGGAGAGGGUGGCGAGGAAAUGUCUGAUGAGAUCACCCAACAAACCCUACUUCCAGGCAUAAAAGAUCCCAACCUAUGGAUGAUAAAAUGUAGAAUUGGAGAAGAAAAAUCCACAGUCCUCCUCCUCAUGAGAAAGUUCAUAACGUACCAGAAUUCCGAGCAACCGUUUCAAAUAAAAUCCGUAGUAGCACCAGAGGGUGUUAAAGGGUAUAUUUACAUAGAAGCAUACAAACAGACGCAUGUUAAAAGUAUUAUAGAAAACGUUGGGAAUUUAAGAAUGGGUAUUUGGAAACAGGAAAUGGUACCAAUUAAGGAAAUGACUGAUGUUUUAAGAGUAGUUAAGGAACAAUCGGGAUUAAAACCGAAACAAUGGGUCAGACUAAAAAGAGGACUUUACAAAGAUGAUAUCGCCCAAGUUGAUUAUGUGGACUUAGCUCAAAAUCAAGUACAUUUGAAGUUAUUACCAAGAAUAGAUUACACAAGACUGAGAGGAGCUUUAAGGACAGUUCAAAGUGAAAGUGAAGCCGCGAAACGGAAGAAGAAGCGUAGGCCCGCAGCGAAACCUUUCGAUCCAGAAGCAAUUAGAGCUAUCGGUGGUGAAGUUACUUCAGACGGUGACUUCCUAAUCUUCGAGGGCAACAGAUACUCCAGGAAGGGUUUCUUGUAUAAAAACUUUACAAUGUCAGCUAUUUUAGCCGAAGGUGUCAAACCAACUUUAACAGAAUUAGAAAGGUUUGAAGAACAACCUGAAGGGAUUGAUAUCGAACUGGCCGCACCCGCUAAAGAUGAUCCGACCAGUUUGCACUCAUUUUCAAUGGGAGACAAUGUUGAAGUUUGCUCAGGAGAUCUGGCUAAUUUACAAGCGAGAAUUAUCGCGAUAGAUGGGUCUAUGAUCACAGUUAUGCCAAAACACGAUGCUUUGAAAGACGCUCUUGUGUUUAAGCCAAAUGAGUUGAGAAAAUAUUUCAAGCAAGGCGAUCACGUUAAAGUUUUGGCGGGUAGAUAUGAGGGCGAUACGGGUUUGAUAGUGAGAGUUGAACCUCAUCGGGUUGUGCUAGUUUCCGACUUAACUAUGCACGAAUUGGAGGUUUUGCCUCGAGACUUGCAACUAUGUUCUGACAUGGCAACUGGAGUCGAUUCGCUGGGUCAGUUCCAAUGGGGAGAUAUGGUACAACUUGAUCCCCAAACUGUGGGCGUAAUCGUUCGAUUGGAAAAAGAAAAUUUCCACGUUCUUGGAAUGCAAGGAAAAGUUAUCGAAUGUAAACCACAAGCUUUGCAAAAACGCCGAGAGAAUCGUUUUACGAUGGCUCUAGAUUCUGAACAUAAUUCUAUACAAAAGAAAGAUAUAGUUAAAGUUAUUGACGGCCCUCACGCGGGUCGCGAGGGAGAAAUCAAGCAUUUGUAUAGAAACUUUGCGUUUUUACAAUCGAGGAUGUAUUUGGAUAACGGAGGAAUAUUCGUUUGUAAGACACGUCAUCUGCAGUUGGCCGGCGGUGCUAAGAAUGCUGCAAGUACCAAUGGUUUGGCUUUAGGGUUCAUGUCGCCUCGGAUCCAGUCGCCGAUGCACCCUUCCGGGAGAGGAGGGGGUGGGCCUAGAGGGCGCGGCAGGGGGGGCCGGGGCGGUGCAGUGUCGCGCGAUCGCGAGUUUAUCGGACAGACUAUCAAGAUCACCGGCGGGCCGUACAAGGGCAACGUGGGAAUAGUGCGGGACGCGAACGUCAGUACGGCGAGAAUCGAGCUGCAUACAGCGUGUCAGACCAUUUCCGUGGACCGAGGACACAUCGCGGCGGCUGGAGGGGCCACAGGCGCCGUCCGGGGAGGAGCUUCAAGCUACGGUCGCACGCCCAACCCGCGCGCGGGCGCCAACACGCCCACGUACCGCGAGGCCGGCUUCAAGACGCCCCUGCAAGGCGCCGCCACGCCCGUGUACGAGGCCGGCAGCCGCACGCCGCACUACGGCGCCUCCACGCCGGCGCACGACGGCAGCCGCACCCCCGCGCACCCCGCCUGGGACGCGGCGGCGCACACCCCGCGCCCGGACCUCGACCUGGGCCUCAGCCUGCCCGGCUCCCCGCCGGCAUACGACUCGGCCUACUCGCAGGGCCCGUUCACGCCGCAGACGCCGGGCACCAUGUACGGCUCCGACCACACGUACAGCCCGUACCGGCCCAGCCCCAGCCCCGGCGCGUACGGCCCGGGCUACCUGGGCACGCCCAGCCCCGCGCCCUACUCGCCGCGCUCGCCCUACACGGCCGACGAGGACGCGGACUGGCACACGCCAGACCUGGAGGUGCGCGUGCGCGCCAACGCCGAGGCGUCGCUGCGCGGGCAGACGGGCGCGCUGCGCGGCGUGUCGGGCGCGUCGUGCGCCGUGCUGCUGGCGCAGGAGGACCGCGUGCUCAACCUGCCGUCGCACCUGCUGGAGCCCGUGCUGCCGCAGAGCGGCGACCGCGUCAAGGUGAUAGCAGGCGAGGACCGGGAGGCGGUGGGGCAACUCAUCUCUAUAGAAAAUCAGGAAGGGCUCGUCAAGUUCGGCACCGACGACAUCAAGAUCAUGCAGCUAAGACACCUCUGCAAGAUGGCCGCCACAUAAUGUAACGCACUACGCCUUAGAUAAGUUUUCCAGAGAAAAAAACCUGCCAGCGACGUGAUAUUUAUCUGUCAAAUAAGAACGGAGUCGCCGGAGAGAACGUGGAAAGAUUAAUAUAUUAUUCAAUGUUCAUUCACCUCAGUAAAAUUGUAGAUCCUGGACAGCAAGUCUUUUUGUCCAACCAAAUUGGCACCACUUCAUAAUUUGCCUUUAUUGCUGCUACACAAACAAACAUGUUUUAAUCCUAGCUAGAGCCAACAAUGUUUGAUCGAUUGGUUUCAAAGUGUUCUUAUUUACCCAAAAUAAACCUAUUUUAUAAAUUUA